AUGUCCCUGGCCAUCAGUGUGGCGUUCGGUGGCGUCUUGGGAGCCACCCAGCACUUCUGGUGCUUAGUGAGUAGUUGCUCUCCACAGUCACGAGUAAAGUGGUCCAGAUAUGAAGCAGACGACAACUGGAUGAUGGACAGUGACAGGGACAGUCAGACGAGCCAAGUCAAGCUGUUUAUGUUCCCCCACCCCAACACAACCCAGCUUCUCGUCUCUGGCCAGAAGUUCUCACUGCCUUCACCAACACCCACCCAAUAUUGGCUCCUUGCCUGUCGCACUGGUGAUUCUGGCUGUUUAUGUUCCCCCACCCCAACACAACCCAGCUUCUCGUCUCUGGCCAGAAGUUCUCACUGCCUUCACCAACACCCACCCAAUAUUAAUUCCUUGCCUGUCGCACUGGUGAUUCUGGCUGUUUAUGUUCCCCCACCCCAACACAACCCAGCUUCUCGUCUCUGGCCAGAAGUUCUCACUGCCUUCACCAACACCCACCCAAUAUUGGCUCCUUGCCUGCCGGUACUGGUGAUUCUGGCUGUUUAUGUUCCCCCACCCCAAACACAACCCAGCUUCUCGUCUCUGGCCAGAAGUUCUCACUGCCUUCACCAACACCCACCUAAUAUUGGCUCCUUGCCUGCCGGUACUGGUGAUUCUGGCUGUUUAUGUUCCCCCACCCCAACACAACCCAGCUUCUCGUCUCUGGCCAGAAGUUCUCACUGCCUUCACCAACACCCACCUAAUAUUGGCUCCUUGCCUGCCGGUACUGGUGAUUCUGGCAGUUUAUGUUCCCCCACCCCAACACAACCCAGCUUCUCUUUAUGUUCCCCACCCCAACACAACCCAGCUUCUCGUCUCUGGCCAGAAGUUCUCACUGCCUUCACCAACACCCACCUAAUAUUGGCUCCUUGCCUGCCGGUACUGGUGAUUCUGGCAGUUUAUGUUCCCCCACCCCAACACAACCCAGCUUCUCGUCUCUGGCCAGAAGUUCUCACUGCCUUCACCAACACCCACCUAAUAUUGGCUCCUUGCCUGCCGGUACUGGUGAUUCUGGCAGUUUAUGUUCCCCCACCCCAACACAACCCAGCUUCUCGUCUCUGGCCAGAAGUUCUCACUGCCUUCACCAACACCCACCUAAUAUUGGCUCCUUGCCUGCCGGUACUGGUGAUUCUGGCUGUUUAUGUUCCCCCACCCCAACACAACCCAGCUUCUCGUCUCUGGCCAGAAGUUCUCACUGCCUUCACCAACACCCACCUAAUAUUGGCUCCUUGCCUGCCGGUACUGGUGAUUCUGGCUGUUUAUGUUCCCCCACCCCAACACAACCCAGCUUCUCGUCUCUGGCCAGAAGUUCUCACUGCCUUCACCAACACCCACCUAAUAUUGGCUCCUUGCCUGCCGGUACUGGUGAUUCUGGCUGUUUAUGUUCCCCCACCCCAACACAACCCAGCUUCUCGUCUCUGGCCAGAAGUUCUCACUGCCUUCACCAACACCCACCUAAUAUUGGCUCCUUGCCUGCCGGUACUGGUGAUUCUGGCUGUUUAUGUUCCCCCACCCCAACACAACCCAGCUUCUCGUCUCUGGCCAGAAGUUCUCACUGCCUUCACCAACACCCACCUAAUAUUGGCUCCUUGCCUGCCGGUACUGGUGAUUCUGGCUGUUUAUGUUCCCCCACCCCAACACAACCCAGCUUCUCGUCUCUGGCCAGAAGUUCUCACUGCCUUCACCAACACCCACCUAAUAUUGGCUCCUUGCCUGCCGGUACUGGUGAUUCUGGCUGUUUAUGUUCCCCCACCCCAACACAACCCAGCUUCUCGUCUCUGGCCAGAAGUUCUCACUGCCUUCACCAACACCCACCUAAUAUUGGCUCCUUGCCUGCCGGUACUGGUGAUUCUGGCUGUUUAUGUUCCCCCACCCCAACACAACCCAGCUUCUCGUCUCUGGCCAGAAGUUCUCACUGCCUUCACCAACACCCACCUAAUAUUGGCUCCUUGCCUGCCGGUACUGGUGAUUCUGGCUGUUUAUGUUCCCCCACCCCAACACAACCCAGCUCCUCGUCUCUGGCCAGAAGUUCUCACUGCCUUCACCAACACCCACCCAAUAUUAAUUCCUUGCCUGCCGGUACUGGUGAUUCUGGCUGUUUAUUUUCCCCACCCCAACACAACCCAGCUCCUCGUCUCUGGCCAGAACUUCUCGUCUCUGGCCAGAAGCUCACACUUCCCUCACCGACACCCACCCAAUAUUAAUUCCUUGACUGCCGGUACUGGUGAUUCUGGCUGUUUGUCUUCCCCCACCCCAACACAACCCAGCUUCUCGUCUCUGGCUAGCAGCUCACACUUCCCUCACCGACACCCACCCAAUAUUAAUUCCUUGACUGCCGGUACUGGUGAUUCUGGCUGUUUGUCUUCCCCCACCCCAACACAACCCAGCUUCUCGUCUCUGGCUAGCAGCUCACACUUCCCUCACCUACACCCACCCAAUAUUAAUUCCUUGACUGCCGGUACUGGUGAUUCUGGCUGUUUGUCUUCCCCCACCCCAACACAACCCAGCUUCUCGUCUCUGGCUAGCAGCUCACACUGUUCUCACCGACACCCACCCAAUAUUAAUUCCUUGCCUGUCGCACUGGUGAUUCUGGCUGUUUAUGUUCCCCCACCCCAACACAACCCAGCUCCUCGUCUCUGGCCAGAAGUUCUCACUGCCUUCACCAACACCCACCCAAUAUUAAUUCCUUGCCUGCCGGUACUGGUGAUUCUGGCUGUUUAUGUUCCCCCACCCCAACACAACCCAGCUUCUCGUCUCUGGCCAGAAGUUCUCACUGCCUUCACCAACACCCACCCAAUAUUAAUUCCUUGCCUGCCGGCACUGGUGAUUCUGGCUGUUUAUGUUCCCCCAUCCCAACACAACCCAGCUUCUCGUCUCUGGCCAGAAGCUCACACUUCCCUCACCGACACCCACCCAAUAUUAAUUCCUUGA